AAUCACCACUGUACCCUCCAGCUUUGCUUUCCGUUAUCUCCCUUCGCGCGUCGUUCUUCAAGCUCUCCUUGACUUCAGGCUUCAAAUCUCUUCUCAGCUGAUUCCGGACCUCGCCCCGCAUCUCGUUCCUCAAGCUCUCUGUGGCUUCCGCGCAAGUCUGUCAUUGCUUCGGCGAUGAAUGAAACAUCCGUCCCAGACCGAGUCAGUCCUGCUCGAAUUUUCCGUUCGAUAUGCGUCGUGACUCCGUCCCCCACAGCACUUGACUUCUUCAAAUCCUUGGAUAGCAACUCCUUGGCUUCAUUCCUUAACCUUCCCAUCAUCCGCACAUUUGUUUCCACUUCCCCUCUUAGGAAGGUCCGCACCUCGCCCUCGACCUUUCACCUCAUACUCUCCCGCAAUUCUGCUUCCAAUGCGGCGCGAAUCCCAGCAGUCAACUUCUCCUCGAACGCCCCAUCCACAUUCGCGUCUCCCUUUUCAGGUUCGAUAAAUCGAAUGCCAAUUUCAAACACAUCCGCCGCACUCUAUAAAAGAAAAAUUGGCCAAUUGGCUCAGGACUUCCGGACGUCCGUCAUCUCGUGCUGCCGUCCAGGAUGUAAAAGAGUAAUAAAUCGAUUCCCCGAUGCCGGCGACGUCGGCUGCGGCGCCUACUAGUGCGCAUGGUAGGACGGUCGUGGUGUGGCAAUGAUGGUGGUUAAAAUGGUGAAAUUAAAGACCAGGUUGC